UGCACGUUCGAUUUUCAAACCAAUGUUUGAAACAGUAGAUUAACCGUUCAAAUGCGAACUGGCUAUCUUUCGACCGUGCCGACGAUGUCAGUUUCGCAAGGAAUACCAGCAGAAGAUCACCUCGCUUCGACAGACAGUCGAUCACCGAUAUAUAGAACCUCAUUUACAGAGAAGUCGUCAGCAGCUGGCGAGAUCGAAGAUAUGUUCUCCCUGGACGAGUCGAGAGACUUCAUCCCAGCCAUCGGGGAUACUAAAGUGACAAGCUCUGUCCCCGUACAUUCCGACUCGGGUGGACAUGAGGACAAUUUUGAUGAUCCCCAGGGUUACUAUCGAGUCACGCUCGGCGAAUCUCUGCAGGACGGGAGAUAUUCUGUCGUUGCAAACUUAGGAAAGGGUAUGUUUUCCACGGUCGUCCGCGCGCGAGACACCCACAACCACAACCGUGAGGUAGCAAUAAAGAUCAUUCGUUCUCAGGAGACCAUGUGCAAGGCUGGUUUGAAAGAAAUGACCAUUCUUAAGAAGCUGGCCGAGGCUGAUCCAGAAGACAAGCGCCAUGUCGUCCGCCUCGAGAAACACUUCAUGCAUCGCAAUCACCUCUGCAUGGUGUUCGAGUCUUUAAGCAUGAAUCUACGCGAAGUAGUGAAGAGGUUUGGAAAAGACGUUGGCCUCAAUAUCAGAGCUGUCAAGGCCUACGCGCACCAAAUGUUGCUGGCGCUGUCUCUGAUGCGCAAGCUCAAUAUCAUGCACGCAGACCUGAAGCCUGACAACAUACUUGUGAACGAUGCGAAAACCAUCCUCAAAGUCUGCGACUUGGGUUCAGCUUCGGACACGAGCGAAACGGAAAUUACGCCCUACCUCGUCAGUCGGUUCUACAGAGCUCCAGAAAUCAUCCUUGGCCAGCCGUACGAUUGCGCAAUUGACAUGUGGUCCAUCGGAUGUACCUUGUUUGAGCUAUAUACCGGUAAAAUUCUUUUUCCUGGACGCAGCAACAACCAAAUGCUACUUCUAAUGCAGGAAUUGAAAGGAAAAUUUACAGCCAAACAGGCGCGACGUGGUACAUUCGGCCCAGCUUACUUUGAUAACACGAAUUCCUUCCUGCUGAACGACGUUGACAAGACCAGUGGCCAGCCUAUCGUCAAGCGCAUCACAAUCGCUGGCCCUAAGCAAGGCUUGAAGGCAAAGUUGCUCCCAGCGACCAAUGCAAGAAUUCCCGGCGAUGAGCUUCGGCUGCUCAAACAAUUCGUCGAUCUGCUGGAACGCAUGCUAGAAUUAGAUCCCGCCAAAAGGAUUAGCCCUAAGGAAGCUCUGUCCCAUGCGUUUCUCUCGUAAGCUGUAAAUGUGCAUGAUUGACGCUGCGCUGCAUACCCUGCUGUAUCCUUAAGCUGAUCACAACUCGAUCUAGCUCGCGUUCCCCAACAUAUUACAAGGGUGCAGAAUCAACUCGAGUACAGACGAUUAACCUCAAUAGGUCCCACUACAAACCAUACCUUGCAUUGAAGAUCCGCAACAU